UUCUGUAGUUGUACCAUGAUUUUAAAAAGGAGAUAAAUUAACUACAGUAAGCUGUUUCAUUUGGGCGUGGUAGUAAAUAGUUGGGCAGAUUGUAAGUAGUUACAUUCAUUUUAGUUCUUGUGAAUUUCUUUGGAUUUCUCUGCACAGUCUAAUCCUGUAAGGACAAACUCAGGGGUGAUCGCCCAUAUUACGAGCCUGCCAGGAUAAACCCAGGGCAUAAACUCUCUACGGUCGUCCUUGACAAACAAGAAGCCAAGAUGGCUGCCGCCGCAGUGAGGAAUCUGGGCUCCAGUUUGGCUAAAAACAUCCGAGAGAUCCGCAUCCACCUUUGCCAGAGCUCUGCAGCCAGCCAGGGGGCCAGGGACUUUGUGGAGCAGAACUACGUGACCCUGAAGAAGGCGAACCCGGGGUUCCCCAUCCUGGUCCGAGAGUGUUCUGGAGUCCAGGCCCGCCUUUGGGCCCGAUAUGAUUUUGGGAAGGAGAAGAGCGUCUCCGUGGACAACAUGUCAGCUGCUCAGGUGGCCGCAGCCCUGCAGACUCUGGCUCAGUCCAAACAUUAAUCCCCACUCCCUCUGAACCUGUUCUGGUUCCAUGUCUAAUUCAGCUGAGUUCUGGUGUUUUUCUGUAAAUAUUAAUAAAGACAGACUCCACA